AGCAUUUUGAUCCGAAAGAUCGAGAUUAUCAUCCACCCUUUUGAAACCGGGAGAAGUAGUUUCCAUUUCGAUUGUGAAAGACAUCUGUAAAAAUUCAUCGAUUGUGCCUUUUUAUCACUGCUAUCAUCCCUUUUUAAUUUGUAACACUAAAUACUAUGUGGAGAGCUGGCGUUGACGUUAAGGUUGAGGUUGAUGAUGAUGAUAAUUGGGAAACUGAUCCUGAUUUUGUGAAUGAUGUCAGCGAAGAAGAACAAAGAUGGGGUGCAAAAACUGUGGAAGGUUCAGGACGUGUUGGAGCUUUGAGUAUGCAAGGUUUGCGUCAAGGUGUUACAACUGACCAUGCAAAUAUCAAAAAAGAGGACAUGGAUCCAAACAAAGUUGGUAGCUAUGGUUAUGGUGGUAAAUAUGGUGUACAAACAGACAGAAAGGAUAAGGCUGCAGUUGGUUUUGAGCAUCAAGAAGCAUUGGCAAAGCAUAACUCACAAAAAGAUUACUCUACUGGAUUUGGUGGAAAGUAUGGUGUACAAUCAGAUCGGCAAGAUCAGUCAGCUGUGGGGUUCAGUUACCAAGAAAAAUUAUCAAAGCAUGAUUCCCAACAAGAUUAUUCAAAGGGUUUUGGUGGAAAGUUUGGUGUGCAAAAAGACAGGCAAGACAAGUCUGCUGUUGGGUUUGAACAUCACGAGGAUUUGGCAAAACAUAACUCACAACAAGAUUAUUCCAAAGGUUUUGGAGGAAAGUUCGGCGUUCAAUCAGACAGACAAGAUAAAUCAGCUGUUGGGUUUGAUCAUCAGGAACAACUGACGAAACAUGAAUCACAAAAAGAUUAUUCAAAGGGAUUUGGAGGAAAGUAUGGUGUACAAACAGAUCGCCAAGAUCAGUCAGCAGUUGGAUUUGAAUAUCAAGAAAAAGUGGAGAAGCACGAAUCGCAAAAAGAUUAUUCGAAAGGAUUUGGCGGUAAAUUUGGCGUCCAAUCAGACCGCCAGGAUAGUUCAGCUGUUGGUUAUGAACAUCAGGAGAAGUUACAGCAGCAUGAAUCACAGAAAGAUUAUUCGAAAGGCUUUGGUGGCAAAUUCGGCGUCCAAUCAGACCGCCAGGAUAGUUCUGCUGGCACGUUUGAAGAUAUGACAAACGUUGGCUCUUCAUACCAAACCGACAAGCCGAGAGCUUCUUCGGGAACAGCUGGAAACUUGAAAGCGAGGUUUGAGCAAAUGGCGCAGAAAGACGAAGAGGAAGCUCGCGAGAAGGCUGCACAAGAAAAGAAACGACGUGAAGAUCGAGAAAAAAGAGAACGCGAAGCUGCUGCAGCGGCGCAGGAAAAACUUGAAGAGAUUCAAAGAAAACAAAACGAAGAAGCUGAAAAGGCUCAAGCUGAAGAAGAGUCACAUGAGGAUGAAUAUCAACGUGACGACGAACCUCCGUCUGGCGGUGCAGGCUUUUCAUACACUACAACUGAAGAUACCGCUGCACCUGCGGAAGACGAACCGCCGUCGGGGGAUCUUGGUCUCACUGCAACAGCAUUGUAUGACUAUGAAGCCACUGCCGAAGAUGAAAUAACGUUCGAUCCAGACGAUAAGAUUACCAACAUAGAACAGGUGGACGAUGGUUGGUGGAGGGGAACAUGCCGUGGAAAGCAUGGACUCUUCCCAGCUAACUAUGUCGAAUUAGAUCAAUAAAUAUUCCUCUGAUACAAUAUUUUUAAUGCACCAAUUAUUGGACAUACAGUAUUGUUAUUACAAAUUUAAAAUUGAGUGUUUUAAUAAUUAUUUUUACUUUAUAAGGAACAAAUGACACUUUUUACAAUGAGUUCAUUUUUUUAUACAUUGUGGUUAAAAUAUAUAUAUUUCUUUA